CCAUACUCGACACGCAGCUUAAUGAGUCACUGAUGUUAGAUGGUUUUGACUUCAUUUAACCAAAAUCGCUCUGAAUCGAUUUAAAAACCAUCACCUGGCGGAUGGACGUUUUUAUUUUGCACCAGUCCGUCGCCACCUCGUCACGCCAUCUUCCUUCAACUUUAUUGGAAAGCAUUCCUACACGACCAUCCAUCCAUUCGUACAUACAGAAAUAUGGCCUUUGUUAAAAUCGUUCUUUGGUCAUGUCUGGGAGCUGUCCUCGGCUACUUUGCCAUCCAAGAGUUCACAGUGGUCACCGAAAGCUUUUUAAUACAGAAGCUUAUACCUGCUAAGAGGAAGGAUGUUUUCGACCUGCUGAUCAAUCCAGAUUAUAUCUUAAAGUUUCACCCCUUGUGUGUUGGUAUCACCAAUGUUACAACAUCAAAUGGAAGGGAUGGAAUGAAAACUGUUCAGUUUGUUGUUACUGAUAAAACAGCCAUUUCAUUAGGGUUUUUUGAAAUCAACCAAAACAUCACUUUUCCUGUGAAUGAGACAGUCAUAGAGGAAAAUGCAAUCAUUGAGAACAGAGCCUUACUGAUGGGUGGUUAUUUCACACUAAAACAGAGGUGGAAGAUGGCUGAUUAUACCAGUGGAAGUGGAGAUAAAAUUAGUUCGUUAGAGGAUCAUUUUCAGGUUACUUCCUUUCGCAUUUUGUUACGAUAUUCCAUGAAGGUAGCAUUUGGAGCACACAAUACCGUUACUGAAAAUAUCAUACAGCAUUUCUUAAAGGAAAGCAAGGAGUCAAAUGACAAAAGUGGCUGACAACUGAGAGCACUCUUUUAUAAGUGACAUUUGUUCAACAAAAUUCCAUGGUUUGCUUGAACACUUUCUUAUUUCACAAAUAUUUGAGAACCAACCUGCAUGAUCUCAUGACAUUAAUACAGGGGAUUCAAUAAUUUUUUCCAUGAGCGGCAGCUGAUAGUGUAAUAGGUGUAUUAUUUCUAAGUUGGUAGAGUUUAAACUAAGAUAAAGAGUUUGUUUUUGCUGGUGAAGGUCUAUAUAAAAUAUAGACAAAAAUGCUAGAUUAUUUUUUCUUCCCCUUUUGUUUUUAAGAUUGGAGUAG